AUGGACCCUAAGCAGCAAGCACUCAUUGAUGCAAAGAGAGCUGAAAUUUUAGCCAAAUUACAAAAGUUCCAAAAGCCUGGAGGCUCUCUCAACCCUUCUACUCCACCAAAACCUGCACCAGCCAAACCACAGGCACCGCCACCUCAACAACCUGCAUCACCAUCCUCACCACAUGCUAGACAGAGAUCUUCAAGAGCACCGCCUGCCAAGAAGGUAGUGCCCAUUCCAGCUCCUCCUCCAGCAGGUACAAGUGGUGGUUUGAAUCUAGUAGAACUUCAGAGACGCAUUGCAGAAGCGAAAACUCGUCUAACAGGAAGCCCUGCUAGUGCAAACAGUCGUUCUUCAGCUGUUGGAGGUCCUUCAGCACGUAUAACUGAAACGAAACCGCCCAGUAUGCCAUUUGACAAGUCUGGAAAGAUUGAUUUGAAAGCAAUGAUGGACACCGGCAUCAUACCCAGAAGAGAGACCACAAACUCAAAGGCACUCGAACGAGCAAAGCAAACAUCCUCGAUACCAGCUGCAGCCGAGAAAAAGCCAUUAAAGAUCGUCGAUGAAGUGCCUGCUGAAUUUACAGAUCCUACAAAGAACCCUUACUUUGAUCCCUCCAUGGAAGUGAAAAUUGCACCUAAAUCUCGUCGUUCGAGACAAUUGAAGUUUGUUCAGCCUGGUAAAUACAUUGAUAUUGCUAACCAAGAGAGAGCUAAGGCGCAAUUGGAGAAACUGAAGCAAGAAAUUACGGAGAGCGUGAAAAAGGCUGGUAUGCAGACCGAGUUUGAUGUGUCUGACAAGGUGAUCAAGAGAGACGCACCUCCAGCAGUAGAAUGGUGGGAUGCUCCCUUUUUGGCCAACAAGACAUACGACGAUUUGAAUGAAAAUGAAAUCAAUCCAGAUAAAUAUGAUACCUUGGUGACACUGUACGUUCAUCAUCCUGUUGUCAUUCAACCCCCUGGAGAAGUCAAUGCAGCACCCGUUGUCAGAUCCCUCAUGUUGACUACAAAGGAGCGCAAAAAGAUGAGAAGACAAAGAAGAGCAGAGGCGUUGAAGGACAAGCGUGAUAAAAUUAGACUGGGUUUGCUGGAGCCAGAUGCUCCAAAAGUUAAAAUUAGUAAUUUGAUGCGAGUGUUGGGAGAAGAAGCUAUUCAAGAUCCCACUAAGGUAGAAGCCAAAGUGCGAAAAGAGAUGGAGCUUCGUCAAAAGAUGCACGAUAAGGCAAACGAACAGCGUAAAUUGACUCCGGAAGAGAGAAGAGCAAAGAUUCUGAACAAGCUCAAGGAAGAUCAAAAGACAUCCAACGAAGUUGCUGUAUUCAAGAUCAAAUCAUGCUCUCAUCCUAAACUGAGAUACAAGAUUGAAAUGAAUGCUCAGCAGCAUCAAUUAACUGGUAUUGUUAUUGUUCAUCCUAAAUGUAACAUUGUGAUUGUGGAAGGAGGACCUAAAGCCAUCAAAGCCUACAAAAAACUCAUGCUAAGACGUAUUGAUUGGAACGACAUGCCACCUCCCAAGAAUUUAGAAGCAGAUGAAGCUGCUAUGGAUAUUGAUCAGCCUAGUGCCUACGGUCUUGCUGAAGGAGAAGAGAACAAGUGCUUCUUGGUUUGGACAGGCCAAGUGAAAUCCAAGUCCUUCAAGAGAUUUACAUGGCGUUCCUUUGAGAGUGAAAAGAUGGCAAGAGAAGAGUUGGGUAAAUGGAAUGUUGAAAAUUACUGGGAUGUCGCCAUGGCUAGUACAGACGAAGAGCUUGCUGCCAGACAACCUCAACUAUAA